GUGCACAGAAAACAUUGAAUCACAGCCGUUCACUUGCCAAUCAUGAACAGCGGGAUCAUGCGUCGGACAGGAAGUUCGGAGUUGCACCUCUCCCUCACCAUCGUAGGAGUGGGUCCCGCUGGGGCCCUGUUGCCGUGUCCUUUGCCAAAGAAGGUGGGUGAAACGGUAGAGAGGCAAUUGUUCGUCGGUAAUAACCACGAGCCGGUGGCCAACCGGCCUAUUGACCGGCAAUAUCCGGUAAACAGCCGUUGGGAUUCAAAAUGGCGAAGCGGAAGAAUGGCUACUGCAAACGGACGGUGAUGAUCUAGUCCCGAUAUUCGUACUCGGGCUCUGGCCCGUCGGAUCGCCCGAUGGUGGCUCGAAGUUUAAACGUAGGGUUCGAAGCCGCUCUCGCAUACGCUACAAAGAAGAAAGAAAAGAACCCAAGAACGCUAUAAAACAAAUCUCUCUCUCUCUCUGGCAAUUUGAAAGAGGAAGCUGGUGGACAUCUGAAUCAGUCUAUGGUUUUUCCUUUUCUUUACGAAUCUCUUUUCAGAGUCUUGGGUGCUUGAUGAUGCUUUGCAAGUUGUUCCUGAAUCAGUGCUUAUCGAUUUGGGAUUGGAACAUAAGUCUUCGUUCAUCAUUCGGUAAAAAUGACAAGUGACAAUGGAAAAAGUGCUCCGAAAGGCGAAGCUGUUACUUCCAGGGCUGCUCACGGAGCAAGUGGCGAUGAAUUUCUGAGGCAACGAUCCUUAAAUGGGAGGAUCACUGGUCCAACACGCCGCUCAACCAAAGGACAGUGGACGGCUGAGGAGGAUGCCAUAUUGUACAGAGCUGUUCAGAGUUUCAAAGGCAAACACUGGAAAAAGAUAGCUGAAUGUUUUCCAGACCGGACUGACGUUCAAUGCCUACAUAGGUGGCAAAAGGUUUUAAAUCCAGAACUUGUGAAAGGGCCAUGGUCAAAAGAGGAAGAUGAAAUCAUAAUCGACAUGGUAAAAAAGUUUGGACCAAAAAAGUGGUCAGCCAUUGCACAAGCAUUACCUGGGCGCAUUGGGAAGCAGUGCAGGGAAAGGUGGCAUAAUCAUCUUAAUCCUGCCAUAAAUAAGGAGCCAUGGACUCAAGAAGAGGAAAUAGCACUGAUUCAUGCUCAUCAAAUUUAUGGAAACAAAUGGGCAGAGUUGACAAAAUUUUUACCAGGCAGGACAGACAAUGCAAUAAAGAACCACUGGAACAGCUCAGUAAAGAAGAAAAUAAAUUUGUACCUAGCAUCAGGACUUCUUUCAGAGUUUCAAGGCCUUCCUCAUGCUAAAAGUCCUGCUCAGGUCGUCAAUAGACAAAAUGGCAGUGCUAAUGGUUUAAAGGACAGGCUAGAGGUUGAGGAUUCAACAGAAUGCAGCCAAACUUCAAUAGCCAAUGUUGGUUGCUCUCAGUCUGAUGAAAAUGAAAAACUGGCCAAUGCGGCUUCAGUGGAUGAUGACAUGAAUCUAGAUGGGGAUAUUAGUAGAAAAGAUAUUCAGGAUUCUCAUUUGUCAAUAUGCAUGAACGACUAUUAUGCCUAUAUGGAGGAUUUUGCACGUGCUGUUCCCGAAGAACAAUCUAAAGUUUCUGCAUCUGCAAACUUACUACUAACUGAGGAGGUAUCUGAAAAAAUUGCUGAGCAAGCAAGCAAGUAUGAUUUGCCUAAUAAUUCUACAGUAGAGAUUUCCCAGAAAUCACCGGGGUUAACGGAAGCAUCGGAGUACCAUAGUGUCUGUAGAACAAAUAACGAAAAUGGAUCUGUUUCAUGUUCAAAAUUUUCAGAUCUUAAAUUUCCAAAUUUUGUGUCAGAUAAUGAUUCAGCAUAUGAGAAACAGAGUGAUCUUUUGGUAUGUGAAACUGGUUGCUUCAGCAACUAUCUUUCUGGGUUAGAUGUUCUUCAAGGAGGUAUCGAAGAAUGUCCUAUUGAAUUUGAUGAUUCAAGCUUUGGGAAUUUGGAUUAUUACUCUGGUACAAUUUGCCAAAACUCCUUUAGUUCUGAGGCUUGUAAAAGUCUCACUUCAUGUCCAAAUCCUGUCAGCUCAUCAGGUAUGCUUGGAAUUUCCUAUGAUGACAAUUUGGUGGCCGUACUUCCUCAUUCAUGUGGUAGUGAUGGAAGAUUAUACAGAAAUUCUACUCUUGAAACUAGAGAUAUUUCUGUUGAAGCUCAUGAUUCAGAUGUCAUUAUAUGUUCAUAUGAUGGCAUUGCUUAUUCCAGUUGCUCUUCUCUUUGUCCCAGUGAUAGCAGUAAAUCUAAAUUUUUUCUCCCAGAAGAUAAGAGACAGGAAAUUGGGGCUCCAAAACAAACAAACACAGUGAUGAUGGUUUCUGCUACUCCAAACACCAAUCACAAGGCUAUGUCAUCAGAUGAAAAUCUAUCUGUGCAGUCUGCAGACUUGUCAGAUUCUGGAGCUCUGUUUUAUGAACCUCCAUGUUUUCCAAGCUUAGAGAUUCCAUUUAUCAGCUGUGACCUCAUAUCCUCCGGAGAUCCUCAGCAGGCAUAUAGUCCCCUUGGGAUUCGUCAACUGAUGAUGUCCUCUGUGAAUUGUUCUAAACCGUAUAGUCUGUGGGAUUCACCUUCUCAUGAUGAGUCACCUAAUGCUCAUUUAAAAGGUGCUGUCAAAAGUUUCAUGUAUACACCAUCAAUUUUGAAGAAACGGCAACGUGAAAUGUCAUCACCUAUACCAGAACAGAGAACUGACAAGAAACCUGGUAAAGAUAUGGCUCGUGUGUCAUUAUGCUCAUCCCCUGUAAAUGAUGCUGAGAAUUCUUUCAUGGUUAAUGUGAACGAUGAAAUCAUUUUUAAUGAAAUUCCUCCAGGUUAUGCUGAGGGAGGAUUUAGUAAUCCUUCAGAUAAGCAGCAUAAGGUACCUGUUCUUGGGGAUGAAGACAAAGAAAAUCUAUGCCAAUCGUCUUGUUAUGCAACAGCUGGAAAUGUUGUUAUGGAAGCAAAGACCCCAGCUAACUCAUAUGGUAAAAUGGCAUCCUUUACAUCAGCUACUAGUGCAGCAAGCAAAGUUGAUACUGGUGCUUCAAAAUGGAGACCACCUCGGAUUCUCGUCGAAUGCAAUGCUAAUAACAAAGUAUUCUUUUCUCCACGUGGCACCAGAUAUCCUACGAAUGGGUCAUUAAACGUUGGUGCUAAAGCUUUGAAAGUUCACACUCUCAGGAGCUCAGAGAAUGCAUCAAAUUUUGGUCAAUUAGAUGAUUGUGCUGAAUCUCUUUUUGAUGUCUCUGCCUUCUUUUCUCCUAGAGUCAGUGAAAAUAAGGACUCACAUUGUGUCUCUAUUAUAUCAGUACAAUCUGAUCCAUCAACACAUCCUUCUUUUGCGGUUGAAAAAUGCAGUUCAACAGUUGAUGAUGACAUUAGACACUUAAACAUUUUUGUUGAUACCCCUGGUGUUAAAAGGGGAAUUGAAUCUCCUUCGGCAUGGAAGUCACCCUGGUUUGUGAACUCUCUCCUUCCAGUACAUGGAAUUGGCACUGAUACAGCAUUUGAGGACAUGGGAUAUUUAAUGAGCCCUGGCGAUCAAAGUUAUGAUGCCAUUGGGCUGAUGAGGCAGUUAAGUGAGCACACUGCUGCUGCAGUUGCAGAGGCCCAAGAGGUACUGAUAAGUGGAAGCCCCGUCAGAGCAUGCAAUGGACCACAAUCUGACAACAAGAAAUUCUCAGAUGAAAAUGCUGAUCCUGCUGACAAAGAGCUGGGAAAUUAUCAUAUGCCAUCAAAAAUCAUGACGGAGGCUCGAGUUCUUGAUUUUAGUGGAUGUGGCACACCUGUCAACAAGAGAUCAGAAAAUGUGAAAGCAGGUAACACAGAGACACCCAUAAGCUUGUCAAGCCAGUCCUCGUAUCUUAUGAAGGUUUGCAGAUAGAAGCUCCCAGGCAUCACAGUAAAAAAGUUUGCUUCUUUGCCAUCUUAAUAUGUAAAUGCCCCUCGCUGUGAUUGCUUUCCUGAUUUAUUUUAUCUCAGUUUCAGGUAUAUUCAUUUUUAUGGAUUGUCAAUUUUAAUUGCAACCGAAGAAUGUCAGUGAAUAUAAAUCCAAUACAAUCAGUCCAUCGAGUCAUGUCAUUUAGAAUUGCGUAAGUUAUGUAUGUAUUUGUUCCUCUCCUGUCAGCUAAUUCAUAUAUUCAUCAAAAGUAGUGGGAACUUUUUUUGUGUUUGUAUAGGGGGAAGCAGCAGAGUUAGGUAUGAGUCUUCAUGAUUCAUGUGAAUGGCUGAUUCUGAUUGUUCUUCUGCUGAUGCUUGUAAAUACAGCAAGCUUUGACCGAAAAAAUCUGGAAGCUUUGCCGAUAG